AUGGUUCUCCUAUUGCGGCUCAUGGUUUUACUGACAGUGGAAGAUGUUUUCAGGAACUUUGACUUCAGCGUGUCUGCCCAGUCGGGUGAGCGAAGGAUAGUUGCCCACCAGCCAGGAGACAUCGUUAUUGGCGCCUUGUUUUCAGUUCACCACCAGCCCCCUGCGGACAAAGUCCACGAGAGGAAAUGCGGAGCCAUAAGGGAGCAAUAUGGGAUUCAAAGGGUUGAGGCCAUGCUUCACACGCUGGAUCGCAUUAAUGCAGAUGACAUGUUGCUACCAAAUAUAACGUUGGGAUGUGAGAUUAGGGAUUCAUGCUGGCAUUCCGCCGUGGCUCUGGAACAAAGUAUUGAGUUUAUAAGAGAUUCCCUUAUCUCCAAUGAGGAGGAAGAGGGAGUCGUCCGCUGUGUGGAUGGAACUACGGUCCCAUUCCGAGCCAAAAAGCCCAUAGUUGGAGUUAUUGGGCCAGGUUCCAGCUCUGUUGCCAUUCAAGUGCAGAACCUACUGCAACUCUUCAACAUACCUCAGAUUGCGUACUCUGCCACGAGUAUGGACUUAAGCGAUAAAACAUUAUUUAAAUACUUUGUAAGGGUGGUGUCAUCUGAUGCCCGCCAAGCCCGUGCCAUGGUUGACAUUGUGAAGAGAUACAACUGGACCUACAUCUCUGCGAUCCACACAGAAGGUAAUUAUGGAGAAAGUGGCAUGGAAGCUUUUAAAGAGAUGGCAGCAAAAGAGGGAAUCUGCAUUGCUCAAUCCUACAAAAUCUACAGCAAUGCUGGGGAACAGAGCUUUGAUAAGCUUUUGAGCAAACUCCGCAGUCAACUACCAAAAGCCCGAGUUGUGGCUUGCUUUUGUGAGGGCAUGACAAUACGAGGGCUGCUGAUAUCUAUGAGGCGACUUGGAUCAGUGGGAGAGUUCCAACUGAUUGGCAGUGACGGCUGGGCAGAUAGGUAUGAUGUGAUAGAUGGCUACCAGCGAGAAGCUGUGGGAGGUAUAACAAUCAAACUCCAAUCCCCUGAUGUCGCCUGGUUCGAUGAUUACUACCUUGAGCUGCGGCCAGAAACCCACUUUAAAAAUCCAUGGUUCACUGAGUUUUGGCAACACAGAUUUCAGUGCAGGCUGAAAAACCUACAGCAGGAAAAUUCUGAAUAUAACAGGACCUGUGAUGGAACAGAGUCAUUACAAGAGCAAUACGUCCAAGACACCAAAAUGGGAUUUGUGAUAAAUGCGAUUUAUUCCAUGGCCCAUGCUCUACACAACAUGCAGCAAAGCCUAUGUCCAGGGGUUAAUGGGCUGUGUGAUGCAAUGAAACCUGUUGAUGGAAGAAUACUACUAGAAUUUCUCAUGAAAAUCAACUUUACCGGGGUAUCUGGAGAUUACAUCUCUUUUGAUGAGAAUGGAGAUUCACCAGGAAGGUAUGAAAUCAUGAACUUUAAAAAGCUGAGAAAAGGCACUUUUGACUAUAUUAACGUUGGAAGUUGGGACAAUGGGGAGCUGAAAAUGGAUGAUGCUAAAAUUUGGGCCAGUAAAGAUGUUGUUAUCCAAUCUGUCUGCAGUGACCCGUGUGCUAAAGCUGAAAUAAAGGUGAUCCGGAAAGGAGAAGUAAGCUGCUGUUGGACUUGUACCCCAUGUAAGGAAAAUGAAUUUGUGUUUGAUGAAUACACCUGCCAAGCUUGUCCCCAAGGUUCUUGGCCUAAUGAUGAUCUCACAGACUGUGAAAAUAUUCCAGUUAGAUACCUCAGAUGGGGAGACCCUGAGCCCAUUGCUGCUGUAGUCUUUGCCUGCCUCGGUCUCCUGGCCACCAUGUUUGUCAUGUUUAUAUUUAUGGUAUACCGCGACACUCCUGUGGUCAAGUCAUCCAGUCGAGAGCUUUGUUACAUCAUUCUAGUGGGAAUCUUCCUUGGAUACCUGUGUACCUUCUCUCUCAUUGCCAAGCCCCAAAAGAUUUACUGCUAUCUUCAGAGAAUUGGGAUCGGUCUGUCCCCCGCCAUGAGCUAUUCUGCUUUGGUGACAAAAACCAAUCGAAUUGCAAGAAUCCUUGCUGGAAGCAAAAAGAAGAUCUGCACCAAGAAGCCCAGGUUUAUGAGUGCUUGCGCCCAGCUGGUUAUUGCCUCCAUGCUGAUCUGCAUUCAGCUAGGGAUAAUUGUUUCUCUUUUCAUAAUGGAGCCACCAGAAGUCAUUCACGAUUACCCGACUAUCCGAGAUGUUAAGCUGAUAUGUAACACCACCAACAUAGCCGUCGUUGCUCCCCUUGGAUACAAUGGUCUGCUGAUUUUAAGCUGCACUUUCUACGCUUUUAAAACUCGGAACGUCCCUGCCAAUUUUAAUGAAGCAAAGUACAUUGCAUUUACCAUGUACACAACCUGCAUCAUCUGGCUCGCCUUUGUGCCCAUCUACUUUGGAAGCAAUUACAAGAUCAUUACCAUGUGUUUCUCUGUUAGUCUAAGUGCCACGGUGGCACUCGGGUGUAUGUUUGUUCCGAAGGUGUAUAUCAUACUGGCCAAGCCUGAACGGAACGUGCGCAGUGCAUUUACCACCUCAACUGUUGUCCGGAUGCAUGUUGGUGAUGGAAAGUCAUCCUCUGCUGCUAGCCGUUCCAGUAGUUUGGUUAACCUAUGGAAAAGGAGAGGUUCAUCAGGAGAAACUCUAAGCUCCAAUGGAAAAUCUGUAACCUGGGCUCAGAAUGAGCGCACUUCCCGAGGUCAUCAUUUGUGGAAGAGGUUGUCUGUUCAUAUAAAGAAAAAGGACAGUACCUCAAAACAGUCAGCACUCAUCAAACCUUACUCCAAGAGCUCUGAAAGUCGGCAAAGCUGCCACAGUUAUCCAGACUCAAAUAUUAAAGGUCUGUAUGAUGUUUCUGAGGCAGAGGAACAUUAUCCUGUCCAAUAUGUACCGCAGACACCUUCGCCCAUCAGCAUCGUAAGCCACAGGGCCGGAUCUGUCAGCCACAGGGCCGGAUCUGUCAGCCGGGCAGAGAAUGACAUGCCCGCAUUCCCGUCUGAGCACGUGCAGAGGAGCAGCUCAUCCCAAGGUUCUCUGAUGGAGCAGAUCAGCAGUGUGGUAAACCGCUUCACCGCCAACAUCAGUGAGCUAAAUUCCAUGAUGCUUUCAACAGCUCCUUCAGGUGUCAUAGGAGCAUCCCCCAUCUGCCCAUCAUAUCUGCUUCCAAAGGAGAUACAGCUGCCUGCGCCCAUCACAACCUUUGCGGAUAUCCAACCUCUUCCAGCUAUAGAGGUAAAUGGCCGAUCGCAGCCUGCAGCUGGCGCUUCAAACACAAGCGUCAAAGAUGGCACUUCUGAGACUUCUGUGGUUAAGACAGACUUCGAGGAGCUGGUAGCCCUAACUCCUCCCUCACCCUUCAGAGACUCUGUCGAUUCAGGGAGUGGGUCACCCACUUCUCCUGUGUCAGAAUCUGCACUUUGCAUUCCAUCGUCCCCCAGGUACAACACUCUUGUUCUGCGUGAUUAUACUCAAAGUUCCUCUUCUCUGUGA